AUGCUCCCGGUGGUUCUCAUACUCAAACACUUGCCGUUGGAGCUAAACCCAACCUUGUACGUCUCCCUCUUCUGCUUCAUCAUCCUCAUCUUCUUUGUGCUUAUCAAACUCCAAAGAACCUCAGGAAAUGAGCCGAAUCUUCCUCCAUCCCCACCAAAAUUGCCAUUUAUAGGCAAUCUUCAUCAGUUUGGCUCUCUGCCUCACCGUUCUCUCACAGCUCUCUCCCACAAGUAUGGCCCUCUCAUGUUUCUCCGAUUAGGUCAGACUCCAACUCUGGUGGUUUCUUCCGCACACUUGGCCAGAGAAAUAGCAAAGUUCCACGACGUCGUUUUCUCCGAUAGGCCUCAAUCCGCAGCUGCAAAAAUACUAUUCUAUGGGGGCACAGAUGUGGGCUUUUUACCCUAUGGUGAGGAGUGGAGGCUCAAGAAGAAAAUCUGUGUUCAUGAAUUUCUCACCCCUAAAAAGGUUCAGUCCUUUCAGUACAUCAGAGAGGAGGAGGUUGCAGAUUUGGUUAACAAGAUCCGUAAAGCAUGUGCUGAUCAUCAGCAUGAUGAUAGGUUGUCCGUGAAUAUGUCUGAGAUGAUUAUUGCAACUUCACACAAAAUAGUGAGCAGAUGCCUUCUUGGGCAGAAUUUUGAGACAGCAGAUGGUAAAAGCAGGUUUGAAGACUUAGCAAGGAAAGUGAUGACCCACAUCACAACUUUCAGUUUUGGAAACUUCUUCCCCUCGUUGGGAUGGAUGGAUGUUGUUACUGGAUUAAUUCCGAAGGUGAAUGCUACUUUUAGAGAAGUAGACGCUUUCUUAGAUGAUGUGCUUGCUCAGCACAAGGCAGCGAAAAGGAACGAGGAUGAUGAUCAUAACUCAGAAAAGAAAGACUUCGUUGAUCAUCUCCACGAACUUCAACAACAUGAUUUGCUAGGCUCCGAGCUUACCCAAUCUGACCAUAAAGCCAUGCUAAUUGAUUUGUUCCUUGGAGGAAGUGACACUACUACAGCAGCUUUGGAGUGGGCUUUUACCGAGCUCAUGAGGAAUCCAAGAGUAAUGAAGAAAGCGCAGGAAGAGGUGAGAAGAGUGGUGGGGAAUAAGUCAAAAGUGGAAGAAAAUGAUAUGAAGCAAAUGAAGUACUUGGAUUGUGUAGCGAAAGAAACGCUAAGAUUACAUCCGUCUUUUGCUCUUUCGGUCCCGAGAGAAACAACAUCGGGUGUGACUUUGGGAGGGUAUUAUAUUCCUCCAAAAACAACUGUAUUCGUGAACUUAUGGGGAAUUCAGAGGGAUCCUGAAUUUUGGGAAAGACCAGAAGAAUUCAUGCCAGAGAGAUUUGAAAACAGCCAAUAUGAGUUCAAAGGUCAAGACUUUGAAUUUGCUCCUUUUGGUAUAGGAAGGAGGGGAUGCCCAGGAGCUUCAUUUGGGAUUGCAUCACUUGAGUAUGUGUUGGCUAAUCUUCUGUGUUGGUUUGAUUGGAAGCUUCCUGAAUCUGGUAAAUCUGCCCAAGACGUAGACAUGAGUGAGACAUUCAUGCUUACCGUCGUUAAGAAACUACCAAUCUAUGUCCAACCAAAGCCGUAUCUGAUAGCAUCCUAGCUAGUUUUAA